AUGUUUAGUAUUAAGGAUGACGAUUGGACAAACAAGUAGGUUCAACUUUUUAUUCACAAUUGAGAAAAUCCUAUGGAACAAAUAUAUUCUUACUAUAUGUUACAUUUUAUGAUUGUUAGGCUACAAAUCAUAAAUUCAUAAUUACAUAUUAUUCCUAAGAUUUUAUUAAUAAUUUGCAGUUCUGCAUUUUCUGAAUACAAUGAUUUUUCGUAUGACAGAAACGUCGGUUCGUACUGCUGGAAAAAUUCAACUGACGAUUAUAUCAAUGAUCUUGACGAUGCAUAUGAUGACUACUGUACUGAAAAGAAGGAUGAAAGACAGAAAACAAAAAAGUACUGGGCGUUAGCUGCAAUCGGGUUUGAUUCAUUGUACGGUUCUUCUAACUGUUCAACGUCUACUGUAUCGUCUUGCACGAGUUCAAAGGUUUUUUCCAUUGUCAACUUUAGAGGCGAGUCUGACAUUUCAUAUGGCAUACCGGCAACUAUAAAUGACCUAGAAACUGGUGAAAAAAGUAAGGCGUUUAACUUUAAAAGCUUUGGGGCAUAAACAUAAAUUCACUUUGUUGGAUACAUUUUGUAUUUUUUGAUUACUUUGAUGAGGCAUUUUAUUUUAUUGAUUUUUAGGAGACAAAUCAAAAGUUGCUGGAGUAGUUGUUAGCGACCCAAAAAUUGCCUGGGUGAAGCCAUACCAUGUUGAGGAUGACAUUGUAAGUGAAACCAGCAAUGCCCCAGCACACCCGCACAAGAAAAGCUUUGUUAAGAAAUUGAUUUUUUGGUGUCAUUAA